UGUUUGUGUCCGACUGACGUCAUUGGUGGACUGUCCAAACCAUGAUGGCGGCAGCAGCAGCGGCGGCGGAGCGGGGCGGCGGUCCCGGUUCUUCUCCCGGUUCCUCCCGGCCUGUGGCGGCGGAUUACUCGGUGCUGGUGGUGGUGGGGGCGCUGCGGUCCGCCGGGCUGCUGGAGCGGCUGCUGCGGCAGAUUGACUCAGGUGUGCGCUGCUGGCCUGUAGAUCUGGAUGUGUCUGUUCUGGAUCAGCAGCUGAAACUCUUCGUGUCGAGACACUCGGCCUUCCUGUCAGAGGACGUCCCAGGUCAGAGGACGCUGCAGCACCGCGGAGACGUUCUGGACACUCAGGUUGUUGUGAAUCCGGCUCAUGACUUUGUCUGCUCAGAGGUGCGGCGGCUGGUCUGUGACUCUUCGCGACACAAACUUCUGGUUCUGGCUGGUCAGUGUGUGGAAGAGUCCGGAGACAUCGUGUUACAGAGAGGCUGCUUCUCUCUGAGCGACUUCAUCCACAUCUUCACUGACGAGGAGGUUGGAGAGUUGUUGAGCAAUGCAGACCCGGCGGUGAAGUCCAGUCUCACCCUCAGUUGUCCAGACUUUGGUCUCUGGAGACACUCUGCGUUGGACAAACACAACCUGCAGGACUACAUCAACAUCCAGAUCAACCCUCCCAUUGUCCUCCCAGAGAUGGAGGGUCUGCAGGAGUUCACAGAGUACCUGUCGGAGUCGUUGGAGCCCGAGUCGCCCUUCGAGCUCCUGGAGCCCCCAAGCACCGUGGGAUUCCUGAAACUCUCUCGGCCCUGCUGCUACAUCUUCCCUGGGGGGAGGGGGGACUCUGCUUUCUUUGCUGUUAAUGGUUUUAACGUCCUGGUGAAUGGCGGCUCCGAUCCCUGCUCCUGCUUCUGGAAACUGGUUCGACACCUGGACAGAAUUGACUCGGUGCUCCUGACUCACAUCGGCGUGGACAACCUGCCCGGACUGAACAGUCUGCUUCUGAGGAAAGUGGCAGAGCAGGAGGAGGAGUCUGCUGGAGCUCAGACUGAAGAGGACUGGAUGAAGAACCUCAUCUCGCCUGAGAUCGGGGUGGUCUUCCUCAAUGUUCCCGACAGACUGAAGUCCUUGCGAGGAGAUCCCAGUGAGCUGCGAAGCUGCGACCAGGUGGCUCUCACCCUGCAGCAUUUACAGAGACUUUCAAUUAAACCUGAACCUCUCAGCCGCUCUAACGGACCCAGUAUAGAACCAGUUAUCUUGUUUCAGAAGAUGGGAGUGGGUCGUCUGGAGCUGUACCCGCUGAAUCCAGUCAGCGGCAGCAAACACCUCGAAGCUUUAAUGCAGACUUGGCCAAACAACGGAUCAAACGUAAAAGGCUCAGAUCUUCCACUGCCAUGCCUUGUGUCCAUUUGUGCUUUGCUGGUCUGGCAUCCCUCCAGUCCUCUGGAGAAGAUCAUCCGGGUCCUUUUCCCAGGGUGCACGCCGCAGACCAAAAUUCUGGAUGGACUUGAAAAACUCAAACAUCUGGAUUUCCUCAAACAUCCGGUUGUGUGUUUCAAGGACCUCGAAACAUCCAAAACAGAGAAACAACCAAAACGAGCAGAGAGUCGGGAAAGCCUUAAGUCACAGUCCAAGGACUCCAGACCCAUUAGUGCCUUACAGAAAGACAAGCUUGGACGAGUAGACGUCAAGAGACAGGAGGUGAAAACAAAGCCAAAGGCAGCAAGUGACGCCGCUCCGAAAGAUAAGAAGGAAUGGGAUGAAAAGUCCAAACUGAAGGACGCAGACGCUAAAUCAAAACCUGCUGAGAAACUUGUCCCAAAGAAAGACACGUCAAAAGAAGAGAAAAAGGAAGUGAAAAAGAAGGACGAGAAGGUCGCUGCUGCUGUUGUAAAGAAAGAAGAGAGUGGAGAGAAGAAGAAAGAAGCGGUAAAGAAGGAAACUCUAAGUGCAAAACCAAAGAAAGACAUCAAACCUGAACCAAAAAAAGACAGCAAGAAGGACGUCAAAGCAGAGGAGAAGAAAACUGCAAAACCAGCUGUUAAAGAAGUGAAGAAAGCAACAAGUGCAGCUUCAACAGGAAGUACAGACGUAAAGAAAGGUCUGGGCAAGAGUGGGUCUCUGAAGAAAGAUGGGACUCUCCCAAAGAAAGACACUUUGAAUAAAGGGACAAAAGGUAAACCAGGUCCAAAGGAGCAGGAAAACCAGAAGGAGGCAGAUCGGUCCAAGGUGUCCACACCUGAGGACAUGACGGCUGAAUUUGAAAGACUUCGACUGGAAGACAACAACAGGAACAGAAAUCAGAACUCUGUGAUCACUGCAGUCACGAGUCCUGAUGGAGAACAGGCCAACGGAAACCAGACCUGCACAGUGGAGAGUCCAGAGAAGUUUCGCUGUGUGGAGACGGACCACGUCUCUAACUGUGCAGGUCGCAAGCCUUUCCAUCCAUCCUCUGAGGAGGACAUUCAGGUUUUAGGUGAGGACAGAAGCCUUGGGGUGCGAGGGUCCAGUCUGGGCUUUGAGGAUUAUAACCAGGGAGGUUGUAGGACGUCCGACCUGAGCUCCCCGAGGGACGCUGUGGAGAACUCCUCCUCCUCCUCCUCUCAGGACAAACAAUCCAGUCUGUUGACGCUCAGUCCUUUCAAAGACAUCAUGCCAGACUCCUCCCCCACCAUCACCUCCCUGCCGGCUGAGGUUGGCUCUCCUCACUCCACAGAAGUCGAUGAAUCUCUAUCGGUUUCUUUAGAGCAAACACUUCCACCGGCUGCUGUGUCGCCCAGAGGACCUGCCGCAGACAGAGUCUACUCUAACGGACACGUUAGCGACUCGGACUCCCUACCUCUGAGGUCCAACCAUAAUAGCUGCUCAGAAGAGCACGUCCACGGGAUAUCAGAGCUUAUCUCAGAUGUUCCACAUGAUGUUGAUCUCUGCUUGGUGUCGCCCUGUGAGUUCCAGCACCCCAAGACUCCAGAGAACCAUCAGCAGCAUGUUAGCCCUGGCUUCGCCGCUGCUGACUCACUAGACAUCUCCGACAACAACAACCACUCACAGGAUCAAAGCAGCAGCGGCUGUCCUUCAGCCUACAGCCAAGAAACUCCACCCACAUCAGUCAGCGACUCCCUCCUGACGGCCACGGACUCUGACGUCCCGCCCUGUACAGAGGACUGUCCCUCCAUCACAGCAGACAUGGAGUCUGAUGAUGAUUCCAGUGGCCUUUUCCCACCCACUCAUCCACAAGAUCACCCGAGUCCCCACUACUCCCACAGAGGAGGACACGACCCGCCGCCAGCCCCGGUCAAAGAUCUGCCCCCGUUACCACCCCAGCCUGGAGCCUGCAUGGCCGACACGGAGGGCAGCCGUAGUCUGAAGAGUUCAGCCACCAAGACCAAGAAACCAACCGGUACGACGAUGAAGGCGACCUCUGGAAGUACCACAGCCCAGAACGGAAAGUCAAAGGUCGGUACCUCCACAGGCUCCCUGAAGAUGACCUCCAGCAUCGACAUGAAGCCGUCAUCCCGAAAUUCACUGGGAGGCUCCAGAGUCGCACCUGCAAAACCUUCGUCCUCAGCUUCUAAAGCUGCAGGUUCUGAGGGUUCUGCAGUCUAUGUGGACCUGGCCUACCUGCCGUCCGGCUGCGCCUCCUCCACCGUGGACCUGGAGUUGUUCAGACGUCUUCGCUCCUCGUAUUACAUCAUCAGUGGAGACAACCCUGUGAAGGAGGUGGCAAUGAGGAGCAUCCUGGACGCCCUGCUGGAGGGGAAGAGCAACUGGCCGGAGGUUCAGGUGACUCUGAUCCCAACCUUUGAUUCGCUGGCGAUGCAUGAGUGGUACCAGGAGACCCAUGACAGGCAGAGGGACCUGUCAGUCACCGUGCUGGGCAGCAACAGCACCGUGGCCAUGCAGGAGGAGACCUUUCCCGCCUGCAAGGUCGAGUUCUGAGACCAGAGUCACGCCCGCUGAAAGCCCCGCCCACCUCACCUCUGACGUCUGCACAGGUGGAGACAGAGGAGACUUUAAUCGUUGCCAUGGUUACAUUCUGACCAGACCAAUGAGAGGAUGUGUUUGAUCAGGUUUCCUUAAAUAUCUGAAAGCCCCGCCCCCUUCAGUGAAGUCAUUUUAGUAAGCAUGCUCAGUUACUACUCACACAGCUCUUAGUCUGAAGGUUCACGAGACAGGAAGUCAAGAUACUGGUCUCUCAAGUAAGAAACGGUUUCCUUUACAUUCCCUGCACUUGCAACACCUGUCACUUCCUGGCACCUCAGCUCACUUCCUGUCACCUCAGCUCACUUCCUGUCACUUCCUCUCUGCUGGAUCAGGACCGUCGGCUCACCUGCUAACAAACAUUAGCACAUUAGCAGGAGGCUGAAUUUUAACACCGAUGUUGUUUUAAUCAAUUUGCUUUUUAAGGAUUUAAUGACAUCAUUGUUUCUUUAAACUG